GUUCCGAAAUAUAGGUGUGAUUUACAAAUCUUAAAUAAAUAUUCCUUUUCCAAAAUGAUGAUAUUUCUGAAACUAUUAUUAAGUAGCGGAUUUAUGUUUAUCGCUGAGACGGCUUCUAUUCGUAAUGAAUCAUCUUUAUGUUGUGAUCCAUCAGAAUAUAUAAACCCAAUCCAUUACGAUAUCAAGCUUAUAUCAUAUAUUGAAGGACAUAUUUUACAUGGAGAAUACAAUAUCAGUAUAAGCAUUUUUAACAAAACGCAAGACGUAUUUUUACAUUCAGAAAAACUAUGUAUUAAAAAUAUAAUUUUAUUUUCAAAUAUAAAAAAAUAUGAGAAUGAUAAAGAUACAGUUUAUAACUCAACAUAUAAUAUUGAUGAAAACAUAAUUCAUGUUUCUUUUUCGGAUGAGUUAUCACCAGGAAAUUACACUUUAAAUAUAAAAUAUCUUGGUAUUGCUGAUAAAAUAUUUAGAAUUUUUGACACAAAAGGAAAAAUUGCUUUGAUAGGUGCUACUCAGUUUCAUAUAAUCUGCACCCGACGAUUGUCUUCAUGUUGGAAUGAACAGAAUUUAUUGUUAGAAGCAACCUUUAAUAUAUCUAUAGGAUGUAAUCAAUGUACGGCUUUGUCAAAUAUACCAUUGCGACAAACGGAAGAAAAUAAGUUUAAAAUGUUAUGGACACACUUCGCUACCACAUCUGCAAUGUCGCCUUAUCUUGCAACAAUGAUUGUGUCUAAUUACCUAUUACGUAUUGAUAAAAACACUCGAAACAUUGAAAUGUGGUGCAGAAACGAAUCUGGAUUUCACAUAGAAUUUGCAGAAAAUGUAGCUGAAAAUAUCACGUUGCUGUUCAAAAAUGAAUGGAAACAAUGUUCGAACAAUAUUUCGAAGGUAACACAUGUUGCAAUUCCAAAUUUCCAUGACAAUGGCAUAAUAGUUUUCGGACUUGUUUUUUAUAAAGAAGCAGAUAUCAUCUACAAUGAAAAUUUAUAUCCUAUUGCUCACAAAAUCGAAGUAGCUCAAUUAGUAGGACGUAAAGUGACACAGGAAUGGUUUAAUAACAUGUUGAACGAUCCAUUAGUGUCGGAUUUUUGGUUUAAAAAAGGUCUUAUUUUAUUGCUUGCAACGUAUGCUGUCAAUAAGACUUAUCCAGAUUAUCCAAUAAUAAAUUUAUUUGUUGUUCAAAAUCAACAUUACUCUUUUAAUUUGGAUAGUGAUUAUUAUAUGUGGAAUUUUACUUCACAAGUUAACAGUUCAUUGGAAAUUCCUAAUUCUAUCAAAGCACCCUUUAUAGUGCGCAUGAUGCAACACGCCUUCGGACACAUUUUUUGGAAAAACAUUCUCUCAUAUGCAAAUAGCACGCUAUCACAUUGUCUAGACUCUGUGAAUCAUUUGAAUGUUGCUUUCGAAAUGAAUGAUGUUGUAUAUCUAACAAGAAUGGAAUAUUGGCAUUCGGAAAAGCACUGUCCUCUUAUUAAAGUAAAACGAAAUUAUAGUGAUCCAAUGAGCCAAACAACUGUGUCGAUACAAUAUAUCGACAUAUUAAAAAUUCGCCACAUUCCUAUAACUUUUACUACGGAAGCAUCUCUCAAUUUUAACAAUUUUACUCAUCAUUUUCUAAAUCUUUACGUGUCACAGGAUCUCAAAUUAUUAUUACCAUUUAAAGAGGGUGGUUGGAUGAUAUUUAAUAUACAACAAGUUGGAUAUUAUCGCGUUAACUAUGAUGAUGAGAAUUGGCGAAGAAUUUCAAGUUACCUAAAAUCUGAUAAUUACACGAAAAUUCAUGUUCUUAAUCGUGCUCAAAUUAUCGAUGAUGCAUUUCAUUUAAUGAUAGCAAACCAACUCCAAACCCAUAUAUUCUGGAAUCUUAUAGAGUAUUUGCAACAAGAAGAAGAUUAUAUAGCAUGGUAUCCUAUGUUUAAAGCUUUGGAAUACAUGUAUGGUACUUUUCCAUGGAGAGAACCGGAUGGAAAUAUUACUUUUAGAAUAAGGCACGCAUUAUACACGGUACUUGAAAGAAUCAAAUAUGAAGAAAUUGAUGAUGCAGACGAAUUUAGAGUAUGUUUACGACAAGAAGCUGCAAGAUGGGCAUGUUUUCUCGAUAGCAUAACUUGUAAGAGAAAAGCCAACAAUAAAUUAGAACAACAUCUCCAAGAUCCUACAAAACACAAACUUUUGCCAUGGUGGAAGGAAUGGACAUAUUGUAACGGUUUGACGAUAACUACCAACAAAGAGUCUUGGGAAUUAGUGUAUGACAUAGGAUAUGAAAAAUUUGACCCUAAAUUUUUAGAAUACUUGACUUGCCCUAAAGAUAAUGAUAUAAUUAAAGAUUAUUUAAGAAUAAAAUCUAUUAGAAAACGAGAAAUCCAAUAUCUUGUUACCAAUUUCUUACAUAUUAUUACGAAGCAUGCGAAGAAUGGAGAUAUCUUGCAGUACAUAUUAGACGAUUUUUUUAACAUAAAACCAAAACAUGUUGGUGUAAUUGCAGCAUUACUUAUUAUGAUUAAUAAUGUAUAUCGCGAAAAUCUAGCUGAGUUUCUAAACAAUUACGUUACAUUUAUGGUGGACAGUAAAGACUUAUAUGUUGGGAUAAAAGAAAAGGAUUUCAUAAUACAGAAUUAUGACAAAAUCAUAAGCAAAACAUUAAUUCGCAAGCAUCAAAUCAAAGAACAGAGAGUGCAUUUUGAAAGUUUAUUCGUCUGGAAUAUGUGCAUGUAAAAAAAAUUGCAGCUUUGCAUACGUGGAUAUACUUCAUAUAAAUAAUUUUUUAUAUUGUAUAUACUAUUUAUUUUGCUUUAAUUAUUGUUUAUUUAUAAGUUUUACUAUUGGAUGCCGCCGUCUUUACAAAACUUUAUGACUGCAAGCAUCAAGUUUUACAUUUUUCUUUUGCGAUCUUACUUGAAGUAGUUGUAAUAUAUAUU